AUGUUUUACGACCUGAAUGUACCUUACAGCCCCGAUGACCCGGAGGUGCCCCACACUUUGAAUUUCCUUGCCGAACUUGGUUACACUACUGUUGCCCUGUCUCAAACAAUCAACGGGAAGCUUCCUCCGACCAUCGCCCCUCCUCCUCUACCAACGAACGCGCCGAAAUCCCUCCAACUGCUGACCCGGUUGAACCUGACUCUGGCCGACCCCGCGCAGAAUCAGCGCCUAACCGCCCUGACUCAAGCGUACGACAUCGUUGCUCUCCGGCCCACAAAUGAAAAGUCGCUUCUAAAUGCUUGCACUAACUUGGAAUGCGACGUGAUCUCCGUGGAUCUCUCGGUGCGACUUCCAUAUCACUUCAAAUUCAAAAUGCUGUCCGCGGCAAUAUCACGUGGAGUCCGUAUCGAGAUCUGCUAUGGGCCAGGGAUCACGGGGAGUGGGCUUGAUGCCCGAAGAAACCUCAUUGGGAAUGCAACAUCCUUGAUCCGCGCGACACGAGGUCGAGGCAUUAUUGUGUCCAGUGAAGCGAGACGAGCUUUGAGUCUACGAGCCCCGUGGGACGUGAUCAAUCUUGCCUGUGUCUGGGGUCUAUCACAAGGGCGUGGAAAGGAAGCUGUCUGCGAAGAGUCGCGGAAGGUGACCGCAUUGGCCAAGUUGAAGCGAACCAGUUGGCGAGGCAUCGUGGAUAUCGUCCACGGUGGAGAGAAAGCCAAAACUGAAGAACCCACGCCAAAGCAAAAGGGUGUCCCAAAAGCUAGCGCCCUAAAAGCCAAAGAAACCGCGCAGCCAGAAAAUGGAGCGGACAAUCUCAAGAGGAAGGCAUCUAUCAGUUCUGAGCCUGUCGCCGAGGACGCCGACAAGCCUUUGUCCAAGCGAGAAAUCAAAAGACGAGCCAAGAAAGCACGAUUCGACGCAAAAGGAGAGAAUGCCACUUGA